ACUCCAGAGAUUUUCACUAUCAAAGUCUGAAAUAAUACAAGAGGUGACCCAUGAAAUGCAUUAGAUGUGAGAAACUCUUCAAAUAUGUACUCCAUUUGUUCAAAUUGAUAAGAGUUAUGAUAUAAUACUCCUAAUUAUAUUAGAAGCCUAAUUGUUAUAAAAUAAUACCAAACUGAUCUCAUCAUAUGUUAAAAGUAAUAAUUUUCCACCAACCCAUCUUUAUUCCUUUAAGCAGUCUCAUCCAACGGCUCUGAUCUUCUGGGUAUUCUAUCAAACGGCCACCAACCCCCCAUUGUUUAAAUUUGUAGAGUUGUUAAUCAAUUUCUCUCUUAUUUUUACGAACCCCCCACCAAAACCUCCCUCUCUUUCUCUGUAAACUAACAAAAAUGGCGACCUCUCUUUCUCUCUCCAAAGCCAUCUCCGCCCGCUCUACCGCCACCCACCAUCCUUCAACACCCGCUCACCACCUCCCUUCUUCUCUUUCUCUCUCCUCGUCUUCUUCUUCUCUUCUCAAACCCUCUUCUUUUUCGUUAAAAACCACCCAGCGUGUAGCCCCACGCGCCACCGUACGUGCAUCGGCUGUAGAAUCACUCGACAAGUCCGUCACCUCUGAAGAUACCUUGGUUGAUAAGUCUGUGAAUACGAUCCGAUUUCUGGCGAUCGAUGCAGUCGAAAAGGCGAAUUCGGGUCACCCGGGUUUGCCCAUGGGUUGUGCUCCGAUGGGGCACAUUUUGUACGAUGAAGUUAUGCGGUAUAAUCCAAAGAACCCCUAUUGGUUCAACCGUGAUCGCUUUGUUUUGUCCGCCGGUCAUGGGUGUAUGCUCCAGUAUGCGCUCCUUCACUUGGCUGGCUACGACAGUGUCACUGUAGAAGAUUUGAAGAGCUUCCGUCAGUGGGAAAGCAGGACUCCUGGUCAUCCUGAGAAUUUCGAGACUCCUGGAAUUGAAGUCACCACUGGUCCCCUUGGUCAAGGUAUUGCCAAUGCUGUUGGGCUGGCACUUGCAGAGAAGCAUUUGGCUGCUCGGUUUAACAAGCCUGAUAUGGAGAUUGUUGAUCACUAUACGUAUGCUAUACUUGGAGAUGGUUGUCAAAUGGAGGGUGUUUCUCAAGAAGCCUGUUCUCUUGCAGGGCAUUGGGGUCUUGGAAAGCUUAUUGCAUUCUAUGAUGACAAUCAUAUAUCUAUUGAUGGUAGCACUGAUAUUGCAUUCACUGAGGAUGUUGACAAGCGGUUUGAGGCUCUUGGAUGGCAUGUGAUUUGGGUCAAGAAUGGUAAUACUGGCUACGAUGAAAUUCGUGCUGCAAUCAGAGAGGCUAAGGCUGUUAAGGACAAGCCAACCUUGAUCAAGGUGACUACAACUAUCGGUUAUGGUUCCCCAAACAAGUCAAACUCAUACAGCGUUCAUGGGAGUGCCUUAGGUGCUAAGGAAGUGGAAGCAACCAGGAGCAACCUUGUGUGGCCACAUGAGCCAUUCCAUGUACCUGAAGAUGUUAAGAAACAUUGGAGCCGCCAUACUCCUGAGGGAGCAUCCCUUGAAACUGAGUGGAACGCUAAGUUUGCUGAGUAUGAAAAGAAGUACACAGAUGAAGCUGCAGAGUUAAAGUGUAUCAUCACUGGAGAAUUACCUUCUGGCUGGGAGAAAGCACUUCCGACGUACACCCCAGAGAGCCCUGCUGAUGCUACCAGAAACCUGUCUCAACAAUGCCUCAACGCUCUUGCUCCAGUUCUUCCAGGUUUUCUUGGUGGAAGUGCUGACCUUGCUUCCUCAAACAUGACUUUGUUGAAGAUGUUCGGAAACUUCCAGAAGGAUACUCCUGAAGAAAGAAACCUUCGAUUUGGUGUUCGGGAGCACGGAAUGGGAUCCAUCUGUAAUGGGAUUGCCCUCCACUGUCCAGGCUUCAUCCCCUAUUGUGCAACUUUCUUUGUCUUCACGGAUUACAUGAGAGCCUCCAUAAGGAUGGCUGCCUUGUCCCAGGCCGGGGUCAUCUUUGUCAUGACACACGACUCCAUUGGACUCGGGGAAGAUGGGCCAACUCAUCAGCCCAUUGAGCAUUUGGCGAGUUUCCGGGCCAUGCCAAAUGUGUUCAUGUUCCGUCCUGCAGACGGUACCGAGACUGCAGGAGCUUACCGAGUGGCUGUAUUAAACAAAAAGACACCAUCAAUUCUUGCUCUUUCUCGGCAAAAACUUCCUCAGCUUCCCGGAACUUCUAUUGAAGGAGUUGAAAAAGGUGGUUACAUAAUUUCUGACAACUCAAAGGGUAACACCCCAGAUGUUAUUUUGAUGGGUACGGGUUCCGAACUAGAGAUUGCUGCUAAAGCUGCUGACGAUCUUAGAAAGGAAGGAAAGGCUGUUAGAGUUGUCUCAUUCGUUUCAUGGGAGCUCUUUGAUGCUCAACCUGAUUCAUAUAAAGAGAGUGUGUUGCCAGCCGAUGUUACAGCUAGAGUGAGCAUUGAAGCUGGAACCACAUUUGGGUGGUUGAAGUACGUUGGCUGCAAGGGCAAAGCUAUCGGUAUUGAUCGGUUUGGAGCGAGUGCCCCUGCUGAUAAGAUAUACAAGGAGUUGGGAAUCACAAAAGAGGCUGUCAUUGAAGCUGCUAAAUCACUUUGCUAGACAAUGGUGAUCUUCUAUGUUUUUUUGGCUGCCGUGUUUCUCACUUUUUUCGCUAUACAGGUUUUUGUAUCAGUUCAGGGGAGGAGAAGGUGGAUCUCAGAAUAACAGGGUUUUGGUUAAUACUUGUUUUCCUGCAACCAGCAGAGUCAAGAAAAAAUGAGGUUUGAGCCUUGAUGAGGAAGACCCAAACGAAAGCCAUAUCAUAGAGUUUUAGAUGUUUAUGAUUUGUAAAACGUAAACCAAUUGAGCUUUGUAAAACUUUGUAGUUUGUGCUAUUUGAUAACUGAUGAACCAUCAUCUUCAUCUA